GGCCCAUUUAGAAUGAAGAAGUACUUUAGUUAAAAACUCAGAUAAACCUAGCCGUCGUCACCGUCACCGUCUCCGUCGAAAUCCCCAUUACUUACGACACCGCGAGCUCUCAAUCUUCUUCUUACACUCUAUUGCUUGUGUUUCCUCUUCACUACAACAGUUUCGUGUACCAAAGGCAGUUCUUUCUUUUGUCCCAAGAGCUAAAGAAAACAUGGGAAUACCAGAUGCAGCUCAAGACUUGUCGACAGAGAUGGAAGUUGAUGCUUUUAGAAGAAUCUUCCCUCUUCGUUUCUUUGAGCGUCAUCUCUCUGAAUCUCUUCGUCCUGAUGGAAGACAACUUGGAAAAGCUAGAGACACCAUUGUUAAUCUUGGACUUGUUUCAACUGCUGAUGGGUCUGCUCUUGCUAAGAUUGGUUCCACUACUAUGCUUGCUGCUAUUAGAAUGGAAGUUAUGACUCCUUCUACGGACUCUCCAGACGAAGGAUGCAUAGCUAUUGAGUUCCAUAUGCCUCCAAUUUGUUCUCCGACUGUUCGUCCUGGAAGACCAGCCGAAGCUGCUCCCGUUAUUUCAAAGCGUUUGUCUGAUACUAUUUUAAGUUCUGGUAUGAUUGAUCUUAAAGAACUGUGUCUAGUUAGUGGAAAAGCUGCUUGGAUGGGUUAUCUGGACAUAUAUUGCCUGGAUGCUGAUGGUGCUCUCUUUGAUGCUGCUCUGCUUGCUGCUGUCGCAGCCUUCUCCAAUCUGCAAAUUCCAAUUGUUGCUCUGAAUGACAAUGGAAGAAUAGUUGCCGUCACUGGAGAAAAAGAUCAAGACAAUGCUUUGAUCACCGAGAAAGAAGCAGUGAACAAGGAGAAGAGAAAACUUACGCUUAAGAACAUUCCUUUCUCUUUAACUUGCAUACUUCACAAGAACUACAUCUUAGCAGAUCCAACAACCGAAGAAGAAUCGAUCAUGGACACUCUUGUGACUGUUGUUUUGGAUUCCUCGGAUCAAAUGGUUUCUUUCUACAAAUCAGGAGGAGCUGCUCUCGCCUAUUCAUCAGCCAUCAAGAGCUGUGUCGAGUUAGCAAGGAAGAGAGCAAAGGAGCUUAAGCAGAUAUUGGGAGAGAUGGAUAUCGACUAAUUUAUCAGAUGGAACGAUUCCAUAACAUUGUUGAAAUUUUGUGUUACAUAUUUUAAUCAGAUCACCAAGUUACCCAUUUAGAGGCAAAGGAAGAAGCUCUUCACCAUUUUUGUUCGAUUGUGUUACGGUUUUGUUUGUCAUAUAACGACUUUAAUUUAGUGCUAGUGUAAGUGUGAGAUUAUAUUAUCUCCAUUUCAAACGAACCGAAAUGUGCGUAAGCUGAUUAAUUUUACAAAUGUUCAAAUCAAAAGCAAUUAACAAGUUUGUUUGUUGACCACCAUCGCAAGUUUGUUUUUGAUUAGGCUUUUCUGAAUUUUUUUAUGUUAUAAUGUAAGGGUAUGUUAAAAUAUUAUUCCAUUUAAAAGAGGCAUUGUA